GGAUGAUGAGGCGAUUGAGGAGUUGUGGGGGAAGAAGCUUUGGGUGUAUGUUUUGUGUUUUGUGGUUUCUCUGGAAGGGAGGGUUCUGGAAUGUGUGGAUGGAUGUUUUGCUAAUUGUGGGAUAUAGGAUUAAGCUUGCGAAUGAUGUGACAUAUCGACGGAUGAAUCAGACGAUGGAGAAGAUGGCGAAGAUGUCCGAGUCUGAUCAUACGCAUUUUAUGCGGGUUGCUUUUGGACAUACGACGCCGUUGCAGCCGGACUAUGAGGCUGGUGGGGAGGUGGAGUUUAGUGAUCCGACGUUGAAUGAUUCGCAGAAGGAAGCUAUUCGGUUUGCUUUAGCUUCGCGGGACGUUGCGCUUAUACACGGCCCCCCUGGAACUGGCAAAACGCAUACGUUGAUCGAGCUUAUUGUUCAGAUGGUGCAGCGGAAGUUACGCGUGCUUGUUUGUGGACCGUCGAAUAUAUCCGUGGAUAAUAUUGUGGAAAGACUCGCUCCUAAGAAAGUGCCUGUUGUGCGUAUAGGCCACCCGGCCCGUUUGCUACCAUCGGUUCUUGAACAUUCUCUAGAAGUUCUGACCCACACAUCGGAAGCCGCUUCCAUCGUUCGGGAUGUCAGAAAGGAGAUUGACCAGAAGCAAGCUAGUAUUCGCAAGACUAGGUUUGGACGGGAGAAGCGGGCCAUUUAUCAAGAUCUGAAGGAAUUACGUCGGGAAUUCAGAGAGAGGGAGUCCAAAUGUGUGGAUAAUUUGGUUAGAGAAAGCAGCGUGGUUCUUGCAACACUGCAUGGAGCAGGUGGCCAUCAACUGAGGAAUCAAAAGUUUGAUGUUGUGGUCAUCGACGAGGCCAGUCAGGCCCUAGAAGCUCAAUGCUGGAUUCCGCUGUUAUCCGCUUCCAAGGUUGUUCUGGCUGGCGAUCACCUACAACUACCCCCUACUGUCAAGUCUAGCGUCCAGAAGUCGAAAGAUGCAGCAACACGAGAAAAGGCGGAGAAGGAGACCGCUGUCAGUGAUAGCGACAGAGGGGCUCUCGGGAAAAUGUCUCUUGAGACGACCAUGUUUGAUCGGCUGCUCUCAAUGCAUGGCGACAGCAUUAAAAGAAUGCUAACCACACAGUAUCGGAUGCAUGAGACAAUCAUGCGGUUUCCGUCAGAUGAGCUAUAUGAGUCUAAACUGAUGGCUGGCGAAGCGGUAAAAGCACGCCUUCUAAAAGACCUACCGUACGAAGUAGAGGAGACAGAUGAUACGAAGGAGCCGUUGGUAUUCUGGGAUACUCAAGGAGGAGACUUCCCUGAGAAAACCGAGGACAACGAGGUUGGCCAAAAGGAGGCCCUUUUGGGUGAGAGUAAGAGCAACGAAAUGGAGGCAAUGGUUGUUGCGAAACACGUAGACAACUUGGUGCAGUCAGGUCUGAAACCAGAGGAUAUUGCUGUUAUCACUCCAUACAACGGCCAAUUGGCUAUUUUGUCGCAGAUGCUACGGGAGAAAUACCCGGUUAUCGAGCUAGGGAGUGUGGAUGGAUUCCAGGGCCGUGAGAAGGAGGCUGUUGUGGUCAGCCUGGUGCGAAGUAACGGUGAGCACGAAGUCGGAUUCUUGGGGGAGAAGCGACGUUUGAACGUCGCCAUGACACGUCCCAAGCGGCAUCUUUGCGUCUGUGGUGACUCGGAGACCAUCAGCAAAGGAAGCGGGUUUCUCAAGCGAUGGAUGGCAUUCCUAGAAGAGAACGCCGACUUGCGCUACCCAGACGCCGGAGAAUUGCUGUGAAGGAGCCAUCCCCACUUUGCUCCGCCCCUUCUCUAUGUUGAUCCAUGCAUGAUGCCCUGGACGAUGAGAAGAGGGUGGCCAAUCGGGAUUCCCAACGUAGUCUGACAUGUUGGGCUUGUUGAUCCCCAAGGGUCCCGGACAUGUUCUGUACUCGGUCGAGUCUACACCUCAUAUUUUGGUGAAUGCCGAACCGGGAGCAGCGUUCCUGCGCCUUGCGACGUCGUACUUGAUGCUUUCCUACGCAAUGUCAGCUCCAUGUCGACGAUGAUAGGAACGUUGCCCGCAGAAAUUCAUUGGAAGAAUUCCGCGUAGGCUUCGCCGUACCUGAGCACAUCAAAGUAGAAAGCUCGGCACCAACAACCUUCUUUGCGGGUUCCUCUUAUGUUUCUUUGUCCUGAAGCCUUUCAUUCUUGGUAAUCUCACUAAGCCCGCCAAGGGUUAAGACCAAUGAAUGAUAUGAAGGGGGUUUGAAAUGGCAAUCCAAUCUUAAAACCGGGAGCCAAG